AUGAUGGAUGAUGCUAGUGGUUUGGUGGCGGGCGUGACAAAUGAAGAGAAUGCCAAUAUUUUUAAAAGAAAGUCUGGUGAUAUAGGUUGGGAGUAUGGAAGAUUGGUGGAUCCCAAUAACAAGGAGAAAGUGCGGUGUAAUUUUUGUGGCCAUGAGAGUACUGGAGGUAUCAAUCGCUUCAAGCAUCAUAUUGCCCAAGAUUCAAGUAAGGUGCUUAAAUGCAAGAAAGCACCACCAGAAGCUAAAGAAGCAUGCUUGAAAGCCUUUGAGAAUACAUCAAAAAAGAAGAAAGAAAAGAUUCUUCGUGAACAAGAGUUGAGAGAUGAUGUAAUUGUUUCCUCUGGUCAACAGGAUGAAGAAAUGACUUGUGUUGGUAGUUCAGAACCUCACAAAUUAGGACCUAUGGAUAAGUGGGCACGUUCUAUUGAUCCUAAGUUGUUUUCAGUUAAUUUAAAUUUCAACUUGUGCUUUUAUUUUACAGCUAUACCGUUCAAUGCAAUUGAUAAUGAUGAGUUCAAGCAAAUGUGUGAGGCUGUUGAUCAGUUUGGCCCGGGAUUUGUGCCUCCUACUCAUUAUGAUUUUCGAGAGCCUUUACUGAAAUCAGAAUAUACAAGAACAAAAAGCUUGUUUAGUGAUCGUGAUGAUGAGAAGAUGAGGAACGGUUGCUCCAUUAUGACCGAUGCAUGGACAGACACGAAGAGAGGAAGCAUAAAAGAACAUGGUCACACAUUAUGCUGA